AUGAAGUCAUUGCUGGAAGAUUCACCUGGCCCUUCUUCCCCUCCUUCUCCUGCUCCUCCUGCUCCUCCCCCUUAUACCCCUUCUAAUAACAUUAAGGGAAAAUACCGCGCUCAUAACGACUUCCAUUUUAAGGGCGGAAGUGCCCGAAUCAAGCUGCAAAAAGACAUGAACUUUCCCCCACUAAUUGGGCCAUGGAAGUACGACGAAAAAACCCACAACGAUGCAAUCUGGAUAGCACAUAUGGACAUUCACUUCAAAGACGUGUGCGCAACCAUGGAGCAAGGCCUAUAUUGGUCGCAGGAUAAUAUAGAUCCUACCGGCUCUAAAGUCUUCCACAAUUCGUGGGGUAAUUUUGCUGAGGACGGCUUCACUCGCGGGCGUCAAUUUCAUCUCAUUGACUUGGCGGAGGAUCCCCAGUGGAAGGCAAGCCUCGUAGUUUACGCCCCCAAAGUCAAGGCUCUUUCUGAAUUCCGAAUCCAAAAUCUCUCAGUUGAUAAUAUUGCCGACAUGACUGCCUUCACUGGAGACGGGAGGUGGAUUUAUGCAUAUAACCGAGGUGAUCCCGGGCAAAAUUUUAAUGCCAUUUACGAUGAUAUGCCGCUACGUGGUUGGUGGCCGUGGCCUAAGAAUGCGCAUAUCUAG